UCCAUGUCCUCGGCCUAAUUCUCAAGCUCUGGACGGCACAUGACGGCACACGACGAUUCCCCAAACCAAGCCAUCUCUAGACACCUAUUCUCGGUUUCUCAAUUGAUCAAUUCUUCUUGAAAUCUCCCCCAAGUUCGACCCCCAACCUGUCCUCUUCCAACCAUCACAAUGCCUCCCCGCCUUGCUCCCCUCCGCGUCGCAAUCCGCAUCCCGCGCACACCUGUCGCUUCAUCCACAAAGUCGGCGGCCGCGGCCUUCUACUCAACAUCAACAGCCUCGGACUCCAAUCAGCCGCUCAUCACUGUCACCCAGCUGCCUGCCCCCGGGUCCGGCCAUAUCCGCAUCCUCGAGCUCAACCGCCCAAAGGCCCGCAACGCCCUCUCCAAGGCGUUGCUCUCCCAGCUGCGCGCCGAGGUCGACGCCGUCCACGCCCAGUAUGACCCGGAGUCUGGUGCCGAGCUGCCCCAGAAGCAGAUCUUUGGCGGUGCCGCCGGCAAGGACGUCAAGGGCCCGACCCGCGCCUUGGUCCUGGCGAGCGCUGUAGAGACGAGCUUCUGCGCCGGCGCCGACCUGAAGGAGAGGCGCGGCUUCACCCAGGAAGAGACCGAUGAGUUCCUCCACAACCUGCGCUCUACCUUCACCUCCCUCCAGAACCUCCCCAUCCCGACAAUCUCGGCCAUCUCCUCCCUCGCCCUCGGCGGCGGCCUCGAGCUCGCCCUCUCCACCCACUUCCGCGUCCUUUCCUCCAACGCCCAGAUCGGCCUGCCCGAGACCCGCCUCGGCAUCAUCCCCGGUGCCGGCGGCACCCACCGCUUGCCCGCCCUUAUUGGCCUUUCUCGCGCCCGCGAUCUGAUCCUCACCGGCCGCCGCGUCUCGGCCCCCGAGGCCUACUUCCUCGGCAUUGCCGACCGCCUCGUCGAGAUUACGCACGACGAGGCCGAGAAGGCCGGCGAGGGUGACAAGGACAAGGGCGUACUGCUCGCCGCCCGCAGGGCUGUGCUGAGCGAAAGUGUGCGCCUUGCCGGCGAGAUCUGCGAGGGCGGACCUAUCGCCGUCCGCGCUGCGCUUCAGGCCGUCGCGUGGGCGAGGGAGGAGGUCGAGAACAAGAUGUACGAACGCGUCGUCGCCACCGAAGACCGCAACGAGGCGCUGAAGGCGUUCCAGGAGAAGCGAAAGCCCGUCUUCAAGGGCCAGUAAGCGAUGAUUGAUGGGGGAUUGUUUUUUGUCCCGAGUCACUCGGGGAGCGGGUGGAAUGGAUUUUGGGUAAAAUAGAUCAUGGCUGGCAAACCCCGCCGCAUUGAGCCGGCAUAAUGCACGGCACGUAUCCUUGGAUAGUAGUGACGAGAGAGUUCAAGCCGAAGCUUGAAUACUGGACAUUUUGAGACAAUGCUCAAUCGUCGAUGAUUUGACUAGCUGCAUGUCGUGAUUUCUUUAUAAUUCCUGCCCAUAGCGAAUGGACAGUGGCGCAUAUCAGCCAGACCAGCACAUACAUUCGCCGGAUACAGCU